GGGAAAUGCCACACACCUUCCAGGAGACACUUCCCUUUUGAUGGAAACCCCAAACUCUCAUCUUAACAAGUCAACACAACUACAGUGUGUUGCUGAAGCGGAGUUCCAGCACCUGCUGCUUCCAGUCACUUAUAGCCUGGUUUGUGUGCUAAGCUUGGGCUCAAACAGUGUUGCCUUGUGGAGCUGCUGGGUCACCCGAGCCCAGGCCCCUCCUGUCAUGAUCUUCAUCUACAAUCUCAUUGUCAUCGACCUACUGUUUGCCCUGUCACUGCCCCUGCAAGCUGUGUAUCAUGCUAGACGCAACGACUGGCCCUUUGGCGAGGGCCUGUGUAAGGCCACCAAUGCUCUUUUCUUGGCCAACAUGUUCAGCAGCACCCUUUUCUUGGCCUGCAUCUGCCUCGAACGUUACCUGGCUGUCAUCCACCCUAUCCGCUACCUGCGCCUCCGGUGGCCCUUCUACCGUGUGCUACUCUCCAUGGCAAUCUGGUGCACAGUAGCGAUUGGGCUGCUGAUCUUCUUUUCCAAAAGCACUGUGACUCGUCACUUCCCAAAUGGGAAUACUGCCUGCAUGGAGAAUUUCCCGGCUCGUGUAUGGAGCAAUGAACUUGCAGCCAUGGUCUUUGCCUCUUCAGCCUUGGGUUUCUUUGUGCCCUUUGUCACCAUUGUCAUCUGUUCGGUUGUGAUUGGCCGACGCAUCAUGAAUCUCACACACAGGUCAGUUCAGGCUUCCUCGCUUCGGAGGCACUCUCUCCACACUCUCCUGAUGGUGACCGGCCUGCUUACCUUCUGCUUCCUACCAUUUCACAUCAUCCACAUCCUACAUACGCUUGGCCGUAUUGGGGUCCUCUCAACCCCAGGACUGCUGCCUUUCACAUGUUCAGCACAGCGAGCGGUCAUGGCCCUUGCGAGCAUCAACAGUGCUCUUAAUCCACUGCUGUACUAUUUCAAUAUGAAAGCUACCAAUCGGAAACUGCCCUGCUGUGGCACAAUAAGCCAGAACCUCAUGGAUUCAGGUGAGACUGCUAGCCCAACCAUGGAGGGCCUCAGAAACAUGACCUAGAUCAGUGGUUCUCAACCAGUGGGUCCCCAGAUCUUUUGGCCUUCAACUCCAGAAAUCAUAACAGCUGGUAAACUGGCUGGGAUUUUUGGGAGUUGGGAACCCACAGGUUGAGAACCACUGACCUGGAUACUAGUGUAUAAGGCCUUCUUUGUAGCAACAUCUGACUUGUUCUGGAGUGUCAUCAUAAUCUUUGUUUUCUUCCCUCACCCCCACUAUUAGCAAGACAAUGUAUUACCCGUAACUUUUGAACAGGAUAUCUACAAUAGCUUCCUGACACGACAAAGAAAGAUAAUAUAAUAAUCUUAAUACCUGGGCAAUUUUGAAACACACAAAAUCUACUGGUUUUAGAGGAUCACCUUUUCUAGUAUAUAGGUACUCCAUAGGGUAUCAUGUAUUAGUUGUCUAUGUGGGCAUGGGAUCAUCCAGUAUACAGGCAGGAAGGUGACCAUAAACUCACACUGGAGGAUGUAGAGAUUCCUAGAGAGAACAUUUUAAAUCAAAUCUGCAAAAGUCAAAACUUCAAAUGUGGAGGGGCAACUGUUUACUUUAAUCUGGCUGGUCCAUGAGGAAUGACUGGUAUUAGUUAUACUCAGAGCCAAAAUAUCUAUGAUUAGAGGAAAAACCUGGAGGCAGUGGGAACAGAGACAGUUCUAGAAAGGAGUGCAAUCAGUUAAGGAGUCCAGACAGUAGAGCGACAGAGCUAUGAUUUGAAAAGUAACCAUGGAAAUAUGGUUGUUGGAGAAUCAAAGACUGAAGAAAAAUUCAGAGUGGGACUCUAGACUCAAGCCAGGAAACUGAGGACAUGAAGUGGGCAUUAGAUGUCACCAUGGUUCAUUAUUGUUCCAUUUUUUUAAAAAAAUGUGGUCAGGCUGAUGCAAGACAUUUUGCUUCUGGAGUACAUGGUUUCUCACUACCCAUAUAAGUCAUGUUACAGAGCACCAAAGUGAGCAAGCCAUUUGAUCACAUGAAUCAGAAAAGCAGGAGAGGUUGCAAACAGUAUGCAGGAACUAGAUCUAAAAAGGAAACAUGAAAUGUACAAUUAUAUCAGUCAACCAUGCUCUGGUCAUCAGCAAAAUGCCUCUCCUUGCAGCUGAUGUCCAGCAAUAUAGGUUGAGGAGAGAGUUACAGUCAUUGCAAUAAUACCGAAAUCAUGACAGUAAACAUGAAUAUGAAACACUUAACUAUCUGUGGUUGUUUUGUAUUUACAAUCAUAAUUAAGGGCCCUCCCACACAGCCAUAUAACCCAGAAUAUCAAGGCAGAUAAUCCACAUUAUCUGCUUUGAACUGAACUAUCUGAGUCCACACUGCCAUAUAAUCCAGUUCAAUGUGGAUUUUAUACAGCUGUGUGGAAGGGACCUUAUAGACAUGAUUGUGAUACUAUGAAGAGUGGAGUUGCAGCCACCUUGUGUGAGUGUUUUAUUGGCCUCUAUUUAUACAGACAUAACUCAGUUUUAAAAACCUUGGAAACUCUUUUGCAUACCCAGACCUCCCUUUCUGCCUUGUCAUCUGUUUCUCUGGAAUCUCUUUAGCAGAAUUGGGGGCAGAGACAAUAGUGCCUGCAAUAAAGCGUGAGUUGGAAAUGAAUUGGCUACUACUGAAACUGAUUCUACUACAGGUAGCCUGCCCCUGUCUAUAAUAGGCAUGGUACAGAGCACCUGCCUCCAGAAUCCCUUAAGGCCAGUGGUUCUCAACCUGUGGGUCUCCAGGUGUUUUGGCUUACAACUCCCAGAAAUCCUAGCCAGUUUACUAGCUGUUAGGAUUUCUGGGAGUUGAAGGCCAAAACAUCUGGGGACCCAUAGGUUGAGAACCACUGCUUUCGGCAGAUGUGAACAACAAAACAGAGGAAAAGGGGAGCUCAAAUAAAUCUGCUUCACCAGAUGCACCCAGCAUAUUAAAAAUAAUAGAUCUGUAUACAUUUAGCCACCAAAAUAGAAAUCUUAGAAAAGUGGAGGUUGAGGAAAGAAAAAAAUAAUAAUAGCUAGAUGGAUUUUGGGAGAAGCUUUUGGGUGCUUUUUAGAAGAUUCAAACUGUUUUUAUUUACUUCUGCAAGGCUUACCCUAAACUGGUAGUUUGAUUUCAUAUGGGCUUAUUGUUAGAUUUGGACAAAAUAUUUGCUGAGACAAUACAGUUUCUCUUGAUGUUUGUGAUGCAGGAAUCUACCUCUACUCUUAGAAUGUUAUUUCUGCCUCUGGCACCAAAUAUUCUGUUGAAGAGUAAUGUCCAGGUACACAUUUACUUUGUUAAUUGAGGUAUACCUGUACUCUUUUUUUUUACUUUUGUAAAUAAAGCAAACAUUGCAAAAGCAGGGUAAAUCAGCAGUGCUUUCAGUCUGCUCUUUGAACCUCACUUGGGGCAACUGGAAAUGCAAAAUAAUUACAGUAGAGUCUCACUUAUCCAACAUAAAUGGGCCGGCAGAAUGUUGGAUAAGCGAAUAUGUUGGAUAAUAAGGAGGCAUUAAGGAAAAGCCUAUUAAACAUCAAAUUAGGUUAUGAUUUUACAAAUUAAGCACCAAAACAUCAUGUUAGACAACAAAUUUGGCAGAAAAAGUAGUUCAAUAUGCAAUAAUGCUAUGUAGUAAUUACUAUAUUUAUGAAUUUAGCACCAAAAUAUCACAAUAUAUUGAAAACAUUGACUACAAAAAUGCGUUGGAUAAUCCAGAAUGUUGGAUAAGCGAGUGUUGGAUAAGUGAGACUCUACUGUACCAACAAAACCCAGAGAGCAUACACACACCUAUUUUGAAGCCCCACAUUGCUGUUUUCUCUUUUCCAUAUCUCUUUUCACUUCUUCUUGGUUUGAAUGCAAAUUAUUCUCUCUCCAUUCUCGGUAUAGGAUAGUUAACAUGUUUUGAAUGCAAACCACCCCAGCUGUUUUACCAGCUCCUUCAGUCCUCCAGUUGCUGGGGAUAACAAAUUUCACCACUAAAAUAGCAACUGUGACAUUAUAGAAAACCACACAAUGUAGCGUCUUCUUCUGUUCCCUUCUAUUCCCUUCUGGGAUGAAAGAAUAGCUCUGCCUGCACACAAGAAGGACUAUAAAUGUAGCCACCCUCCUGAUUCACAAGGAACCAUCACUGCUGGAUUUUGGACAUCCCUGCUAUGAAGGAUCAGGUGGGUUCUAUAAACAUACAGGUCACAUUCCUAAUCAUACAUAGCAGAUCCAUUCUGCAGAACCAUACGUUUCUACUUUAUUCUGGUCUACAAGAGGGAAACUCAGAUGGCGGAGAUCUCUGGAAAGCACCUCUCUGAUAUGAUGGAAGCCUCGUAGUUCCCAUCUGGGGAUUACAUACCUCAUAACCUCUGAGGAUGCCUGUCAUAGAUGUGGGCAAAACAUCAAGAGAUAAUGCUUCUGGAACAUGGCCAUACAGCCCGGAAAACACACAACAACCCUGUGAUUCUGGCCAUGAAAGCCUUCGACAACACAGCUUUACUUCUGCUCUUCCGUUCCCACAUAGAGAAGAAGGUAGAAGAGUUAAAUUCAAUGACAACAGUGGUGGGUCCAAGGACUCAUCUAAUGCAAUCUCCAAAGCCCAGAAUUUUCCCAGUUUGCCCAGUUCUACCAAAACAAACCAGGAGGAAACAUAUAUCCUAAAAAUAAAAGGAUAGGUGUUUGAGGAAUCCAUAUCAGACUUCUCAAAUUGUACCAUAUAUACUCAUGCACAAGUCGACUUUCUGUAUAAGUCAAGGGCGCGUUUUGAGACCAGAAUUAUGGAUUUUGAUGUGACUUGUUAAUAGGUUGAGAGUGAUUCUGCAGAGAGGGGAAUACUAAUGCUGCCUCAGGGCCAGGAGCCUCUAGCUAUUGCUGCUAUCAUUUCCCUGCCCAGGCAUUCAAAAAGUCCAGAAGUGGCAUCAUGAUAGAGAAAACAGAGUGGUUCCGUGCUUCUUUUAAGUUUUCCUGGAAUGGACUCUUACCUUUCACCAUUUUCUUCAGAGAAGGGGAUGGUUCUAUUUUUGAUAAGAGUUAAGGUACAGCAUUUACAGCACCCACUCAAUCCAGUUUACUAAAAUUUCUAAACUUUUACAUGGUGUAUGGGGUAUAUUGUUCAAUUUUGGAAAUGUUUAUUAACACACACAAACACAGACUGCUUCAUAAAGUGCAAAUUGCCCUGUAAUCUGGGAGAUUUUUACUCAGCAUUAGUAUAUAAAAUGACUGUAGUAAUUGGUUUUCGAUAACACAAAACAGAGACUCAAUCAACUCACACCGGGGCACAACCAGAAUAUGAAGCAAACUGUCUCAACCACUGGACAUGUGCAAUUAUUGUUAAUGCAUCCAUACUAUCUGGUUGAACACGUCUGCCAGGGUAACUUCACUUCUGUGGCUUCUUGCGUAACACUGUUGCUGGUUUUUUUUUUUUAGACAUUUAUUAUCUGCAUCCUCCCACAUCAGAGAAAAGGAUGCAUGAACAUUUUGUUAUUCCAUGUUCAUAGAGCUCAUUAGCUGUCAGAACUUAAUCUGCCUUACUGACAUAGCCCAGAAACUUCUCACAUAGGAAACUGCAUACCAUCUACAUAUAUACAAUUAUACAUGGUGAAAGCACACAUGGUUAUCUUACUAUGUCUGUUUCUGGUAUGUCCUGAGAUGGCCUGAGAUGUGUUCCAGGGGAAAAGAGAAAGGCUAAUGAAGAUAUGCCUCAAUAAGGAUAAAGAAAGAGGGAAGUAGUUAUAUACCAGCAGCUUUUAACUCAAGGUAAGGGAAUUGAAUAACAUAAAGGCACCUGAUCCCAUAUUAUCUUAGAGGCUAAGUAGGGUCAGCCCUGGUAAGUACUUGAAUGGGAGAUAACCCAAUGAAUACCAAAGGCUAUGGGCUGUAUUUCAGAGGAAGGAACUGAUAAACCACCUCUGAGGGCCCUUCCACACAGCCAUAUAACUCAGAAUAUCAAGGCAGAAAAUCUACAAUAUCUGCUUUGAACUGGAAUAUAUGGCAGUGUGGACUCAGAUAACCCAGUUCAAAGCAGAUAUUGUCAACAGGUGACUUGAAAACACUUAGUCCCACACAAAGGAAUCAGAAGAUUUACUCUCUAACCAAGAACAUAAAGAGAGUGGGCAUGUCAAAAACAUGGAUAAAUAAUGUGAAUAAUUUAGAUGUGCUGAUCCUAAAUAUAAAACUAAAGAAAAGACACCAAAGAGAGUACUGUGCAUUAUCAUUAUAUGUACAGAAGACUCCAAUCAGCUAGAAAAUAGAAAAAGAACAAACUACAUGGGAAAUGCUUUGGCUGUGGAAAAGCAGCAUAUAACUUUUUUUGAAAGCAAACAUACACUCUCACAUGCAAGCAUGAGGUAGGCCAACCCUGCAGUUCAGAGCUUUCCAAACACUUCAUGUUGGUGACACACUUUUUAGUGUGACCUCUCUGCCAUGACCUUCCCAUCUUGGGUGCCCCUUCAUGGUUUAGCUCAUGGUAUCAUCGAGGUGCGCAAGUCCCAGCACCAUGUCAAGGUAACAAUCCUUUGCAGGGGU